AUGUCUGCUGCCUAUGGAAGUCCAGGAGGAGGCAAUGGGCUUAUGCCAGAGGUGGUUUCCUUUGCCCAGAAGUAUGGCCUGGCCGUGCCAGCACAGGAAGAGUUGCAGAAGCUGAUGCAUGCCUCCGUUGCUCUGGCACAGCGCCGUGUGACGGUGUCUGUGCCUGCGACAGUGGCCAACCUUGGACCCGGACUGGAGACCGUUGGCCUUGCAGUGGAUAUUUGGGAUGAGUUUACCCUGGAGUUCUCCGAUCAUUUCAAUGUGGAGUUACGUGGCUCUGAUAUUGCUGAGGUGCCUCGCACAGAAGCGAACCUGGUUGUGCAGGGCGCAGUAGCAGCGUUUAAGGUAGCAGGACGAGCUUGCCCAUCGCUGCGGUUCAUCUGCGAGCACAGAAUACCUUUCAACAAGGGCCUUGGAGCGGCGAGCGCCUCCUUCGUGGGUGGAUUUCUGGCAGCGUCAGUGCUCUGCGCUGAGGAGUUGAGGCAGCUAUCGCCACGAGCAGAGGAGCAGGAGGUAGUCAGGACUCGUUCUGGAACUUUUGCUGAUGGGGUACCUUGCGAAACUUCGAAUGUUGAUGCGCUUCUGCAGGCGACAAUAGAACGUGGAUGGAAUCCUGGAAAUGUGUGCCCUGCAAUUUACGGGGCUCUCCAGAUCGGCAUUGCGACUGCCUGCGGAACCCGAUCCCACCGCGUGCCGAUUCCCAACGGUUUGGUCCUUUGCCUCUUUGUUCCAGAUGCCAAGGAGGAGGGAAAAGGCCUGGAAGUGGACACUGUGGAGCGGAGAAAUGCCAUUUUCAACGUUGGAAGAUCGGCGCUACUCAUCAACUGCUUUGCAACCCAAGACUUCGCCAAAUUUCAGAAGGCAUCGGAGGAUUUCCUAGCAAUGCCGACGAUACUAGAGAAGUUCCCGCACAUUCGAGCCGUUUCGCAGGCUGCCCUUGCUGCCGGAGCUUCUGGCGCAUGUGCCUGUGGAUAUGGCCCAGCGGUGAUGGCGCUGAUCCAGGGUCGGACUGGGGACGUUCUGGCACAAUCCGCAUCCAAUCAGCUCGAGCAGAAUGUUGCCAAGGCGAUGCUGACAGCUGGAGAGGAAUGCCUUGUAAACGGUCAGAUUCUUAUUGCAAAGCCUGUGGAUGUGGGAGCACAUGUGGUCGCCCAGAAGUCCGCCCUGGGACCGUCCGAUGAGAAGUCCCGCAUCGUUUACUUCCAGUAG